AUGUCCGCCGCAAAGGCCAAGGCGAAGAGCACACAGACGAAAUCGACUCCUCCUCUCACGACACAGGAGAUCCAGCAGAACUACAACCGUCUCCAAAAUGACUUGCAGACGUUGGCGAGCAAGAUAGGCGAGCUUGAGCAGGAGGCGGAGGAACAUGGGUUGGUGUUGGCUACAUUAGACGAGGCACUCGCCGAGGAGCCUGAUCGUAAGUGCUUCAGGCUGGUCGGCGGUGUGCUUGUCGAGCGCACUGUCGAGGAUGUUGUGCCUGCACUGCAGACGAACAAGGAUGGGAUCCUGAAGGUUAUAUCAACACUGACCGACCAAUACAAGUCUAAGGAGGAAGAAUUCGAAGUAUUCAAGCGGGAAUACAACAUUCGGCCGGCAUCUGCAGCAUGA